ACCCCCAACAAGUUGACAGUGUGAUGCGGAGGCGGAUUACAUUUUGUGUUGCAUUUUUGGGUCGGGAAAGAAGUCGUAGCAUCGUCCAAACUACAGACAGAGAGGAAGUUGAUAUUUUACGGAAAAAAGUGCUGAAAUUGUUAGCAGCUAGCUAAACCAUCUGGGUUCAACGACUGCGUACGUUCAGGCAAUCUUACCUGUUUAGCUGUAGAUAACUUCACAGACGUUAGCCAACCUCGAGCUAACGUGAGGCGUCAAAUCGAUCGGGGUUUUAAGACCUACACUAACGAUAACGUUAGUUCUUCCGUGAAUUCAGAAAAAGUAUAUCUGUAACUUUGUCCAAUUGUGUGGCUGCCAAGUAAAUUGUAAUUUGGAUAUGGGUGCUCAUCGAAGUGAAGGUCGCAGCAGAGACUGGCUUCAGCAAGAUGCCACGGAGCAUCAGGUACAAUCAAUGAAUCCAUGGAACAUAAUGAUAAAACACAGACAGGUUCACCGCAGAGGUCGGCGGUCGCAGAUGACCGUCAGUUACACCGAUCCAGUUAUAUCCAUGGAUCUCCUUAGAACUGUUCUGCAACCUAGCUUCAACGAGGACAUUUUGGCCGUUUUCAGGAAAUAUAUGAAGUUCUUUGAAAAGGGCGCUGUUAAUGUAAAGGAAAACAUUGGUGAAGAGGUCCAGACUGAUCAGCUGAUCAAGGAGGCUUGCAGAAAUUGUCUUGAACAUGCAAAGCGUCUCUUUCCUGAAGGAGAGAAAACAGCCAAUAGACCAGGUGUCGAGCCCCCUGUCAAGAGAGCUAGACAGAUGGAGGAUGAUUCUAGUCAGAGAGGAAGCCCUGUGCCAAAAAAGCGGAAAGGGCGACCACCAGGACCUGCCAUCCCCUAUGACAGACCAGUCCAGUUCAGCACCCCGGCAAAACCCAAGGCUUCUGAGGCUGUCAAGCGGGAAGGACCAAAGUGGGAUCCCUCCAGACUUGACGAGAAGAGCACAUUUGUAUUGGGGUCAAGGGCAAACAAGGCUUUAGGAAUGGGAGGCACAAGAGGAAGGAUUUACAUCAAACAUGCAGACCUCUUUAAGUAUGCCGCUGAUGCCCAAGAUAAGCACUGGCUUGCAGAGAAGCAGCAUAUGAAGGCAACUGGUGGGAAAAUGGCCUACCUACUUAUUGAAGAGGAUGUUCAAGAUCUUGCCAUCAGUGAUGACUAUAAAGAUUGUCCUGACCUAAAGAUGGAUGAGUUGAAGCCAUUUGCGGUGCCAAUAUGGAUGAUUGAAAAGAUGCAGAAAGCAAUGGACUCCCAGAGGUCAGAGAAGGACUAAUAUCGAGGACGUUUGAAGGUCACAAAGUCAAAAGAAAAUGCUUGACCACUAGUUUUCACAUUUAUCCUAAUCAUAGCUGUACAUUUUCCCAAAACAGGGGAAACAUUUCACAGCCUUAAUCUCCAAGGCUCUCUUUUUCAGUCUGCGUACUGACUGAUGCCUCGAGACUUUUUUAGAACAAUAAAUGUGUGCGGUAUUUGUUUUCCAUUGGCCCUGUUGCUGUAAUUAUUGCUAUGGUGUAGUUUCACACACAGAUUUUGACACGGAAUAUUGACACAUUUUCAUGUGUGCUUUAUUAGGAAACACACAGAAAGGCACCUUUUUCAUAAUAAACAUUAGAUCACAGUUCCUCAGGUACCAUGUUGCAUUAUGGUUUGUGUUUAAGAAAAAAAAAAGAACUUUAAUUGAUUUGAAGCGAAUCAGGCAGCCACUUGUGAACUUCUUAAAGUCCUGUAAAUGAAGAGUGUGUGAGUGUGCUUGUGUGUUAUUUUGCUUGGCAGUGCUUUAUACAUCCUGUGUACAUUAUUUGUUUUUUACAAACAUCAGGUGUCACCUGGUGUAUCACCUUACUGUGUUUCUGAGUUUAACAUUGAAUAUGUCAAGGAAAAUGUUUUUUUAGAACUGUAUUUUGCUCACACAGGUGCAUAUGUUAAUUCAUUCUGUAAGUUAUUUUGUUUGUUUGUGUCACUCAUGAAUGAAAAGGGAAUUUUAUACUUGCAUUUGUCCCUAGCUAAUGCCUAAAUGUCUGUAACUGAUGUUAUGAAAUGACUGGAAACAGUUUUUUUCUCUCUCUCACACAAUGUUUCAGUAGUGUAGUCUGGUUUGUGUUUUGGAAUAUAAUGGGAGACUUGCUUCAUAGUUUUAUGAAUAUCUUUACACAUGCAAAUUGUAAAAAGAAGAAAAAAAGAACAAAGAAAUGUGAACGAUUUUAUCUCACUGUUUUGCAAUACUAUUAAAUAUUUUGUUUUAUAUUA